UAAUAAUAAAAUAAAUAAGAAAAAAUGUUAAUUAAAUCCACAAAUACAUAAUUUUAUAUAAUAUUAGCACUUUUAGUUAUUAUACCUAUAGCUUAAUAAGAAACUUUUGAAGAUAAAAUAAAGUCAUCUACUUCAUGUGACUAUUCUAUAGGAGAUACCCUAAACGAGUAAAUAAUGGAAUUCGCAAAACGAAUGUAACCAUGUAAAUUUUCCGAUGUAAAUAUUAUAGGAAAUGUAGAUAAUAACUUAAGUAUACCUUCACAAAAAUACAUAGAAACCUAAACAUACGAAUAAUUAAAAAAUAUAUUUAUUAAUUAAUAAAUAGAAUUUUAGGCGUCUUUAAUUAGUUUGAUAGACUUUUAUUUAUAUUAAAGUAUAGAUUCUUGUAAAACUUCUACAUUAGAUGAUCUUUUAACUACUUCUUAUUAAUAGUGUACUUUAUGUUAAGGAAAUUCUUUUAUUUUAAAAAAAUAAUCUUAAAUAGAUGAACUUGAAUAAAAAAAAUAAGAAUUCAAUUUAAAUUUAGAUAAUUAAGUUUUACUGCUUUUUAAAGUUACAAUUUAAAGCAUAUAUUUGUAGAUUCAUUCAAACUUUUAUGGAAUUGUAAUAACCCUAAAGAUUUGAUAUAAGUAAAUGGCGAAUUUGACAUAAAUACUUAAUAAAGACUUUCAUUUACAGACGAAUAAGGUUUCUUAUAUUCUUGUAUGAAUUGUGAAGAAUCAAAUUGUAGAUAAUGCUCAAUUUCGGAUUAUAAGGAAUGUAUUGAAUGUAAAUAAGGUUAUACACUAACAGAUGGAAAAUGUGAUGGAUGUUAAUCUGAAAAUUGUGAAGAAUGCACUAAAGAUAAAGAUGGAAAGGAAUUAUCAUGUACACGAUGCAUUAAUGGAUAUUUUUUAUUAGAAGAUGAAUGUGUAUAGGAAUGUCCUGAAGAUUACACAAAAACUAAAAUUGCGUGCUUAAAAUGUAGACCAGGAACAUUUCCUUUCGACGAUAAAUGUAUAUCUUGUUAACCUGAAUAAUGUAAAAGUGUGUUGGGCCUGCGCCUGAUUAAUGUUUAUCUUGUUUUAAUGGAUAUGAAAGAGAUGAUGUUUUAAGUUGUAAAGUAUGUGAAGGUGAUGAAUGUUGUGCAUAAGAAAAAUGCGAAGAUAAUGAAUAUAGACAAACUGAAUAUCCAUUUUAAUGUGUUGUAUGUUACGAGAAAUGCUCUUAAUGUAAGGGUGGAAAAAUAGAUGAUUGUUUAUAAUGUAAAAAUGAUUAUGAAUUAACAAGUUCUGGAUAAUGUGUAAAUCCUUCAAAAGAACCUAACACUUUUAUAGAUAAAGAAACUAAAACAAUAAAAUAAUGUCAUUUUUCAUGUGAGGAAUGUAUUGAUGCAACUAAUUUAUGCACUGUAUGUAAGGCAGAAAUGAAUUAUUAUAUUUAAGAUGAAAUUGAUUAAAGAUUUAAGUGCUAUAUUACUUGUCCUUUAGGGUAUUAACCUUAAGAUGAAGACUUAGAAGACGAUUAAUCUAUUAAAUGUAUCUUACAAACAAAUGUUUAAAAUUAUUAAGAUGAUUAAAAUAUUUAGGAUGAUUAAAAUGAAUAAAAUGAUUUAAAUGAUAAAAAUAAUUAAAAUGAUUAAAAUGAUUAAAAUGAUUAAAUUGAUUAAAAUGAAUAAAAUAAUUAAGAUGAAGAAAAUAAAUAAAAUGAUUAAAAUGAUUAAGAUGAAAAUUAAAACAAUAAUGAUAAUAAUAAUGAUAAUUAAUAAUAAAAUGACUACAAUAUUGCCGAUGUAGAAAAAGAAUAAGAAAUAUUAGAAUCAAAAUGCGCUAUAUCAGAAUACUGGACAGGGGAUGAAUGUUUUAAAUGCCCAUCUAAUUGUUUAUCAUGUAUUUCAUAAGAUACAUGUAGUUAAUGUGAAGAAUCUUUUUUUUUAAACGAAGAAAUAUAAUAAUGUGAAUAAUGUCAUUCCACAUGUGCAACUUGUAAAGGACCAUCACAUUCAGAUUGUCUUACAUGUACUGAUUAACUUUAGAUAUAUCCCUAAGUAAAUGGAGUAUGUGAUCCUAGUGCAAAAACUGAUAUUAUUAAAGAUUUUAUUUUAUAAAAGGAUUUAUUAUAAAAUUGUAAUCCAUUAUAUUUUUCAAAUUAAAACAAUUACAAAGUUGAAUUUUCUACUUUUUUUUCUGAAAAAGAUUAAUCUUUGAUAGAUAUUGCUUUAUUAAAUAUUGAUAACUGUUAAUUAGCUGAUUUCUAAAAAACAUUUAGCUAAUUUAGUGAUUAAAUAGCCGACAGUUGUAAAUAAUAAGACAUUAAAAUAUCUAAAAUAGAAGAAUAAGGUGCUUUAUUAGCAAUUUUUGCUACUAUAUUAACUAACCAUAAUGUUUAAAUAAAUAAUAGAUCUGUAAAUGUGAAAAAUUUAGCUGAAUUAGGGAAAUCAUAAGGUCUUUUUAAGGCUUUUAAUUUGUAUAAAAUUUCUUCCACUUUUACAUGUUCUAACUUUUCUUGCUAAACUAAUUUAGACGUGUCUUUUUCAGAUUUACAAAAUGCUUCUAAUAAUAAAAAUAUUAAUUUUGGUUUAGUUAAAGAAAUCCCUUUAUAAUCCUAGUUUGGAUACGUUACUUGUUUUUCUGAACCUUAAUUUAUAGAUGAAAAGAAUUAAAAAGAGAUAAAUUAGGCCUUUGUAGUUGCAAAAUAGAGCUAAUCGACAAAUUAAAAGUAGUAUAUAGUAAUUUAAUUAUGUUAUAAAUAGGAAGAGGAGAAAUCUGUUUUUGGACAGUAUUUAGUCAAAGAGUAUAUAGGAAACGGUUUGGUGAAGAUCCAUAUGUAAGAUUAAGGAGAUGUUUUGAUUUAUUUAUUUGGUGCUACUGAAGAUUAGAAUGAAUAAUUAAAGAAAUGCAAUACUGAGUAUAAAAAUGAAUUCAAAUAAUAUGUAGUUUCUAAGCUGAAGUUUUAUUAAGUUGAAGAAAAUGAGAAAAACUUAAGGCUUAGAGAAGAACUGUUCAAAUAAUAUAGUAAAAAACAGGAGAAUGAUAAUAAUAAUAAUAAAAAUAAAUAGAUAAAUCAAUACGAAUAUAUUUUACAAAAUGAGUAAUCAGGGGGAAGUUUUGUUCUUUAUAUUACCGAAAAAGACUAGUUUAUUAGCAAAAGUUUAACUUUAGUUGAUUUGGCAAAAUAACUGGAGAAAAAUAAAAUUAAUGCGGAGUCUUAUAAAAGAAAUUAAAGGACCAUAAAUAAGUCUAUUGCUUAAAGAAUAUUCAAAUAAUACAUAGAUGAAAUUUAAGAUAUUACAAUAUAAUGUUAUGGUGAAAUUAGAAAUUAAUGUGUCAAAAAUGUACUAAUGGAUGUUAUUUUUAGUAAUAAGAAAACUUGCGUUGCUGAAGAAGAGAUUAAAUAACUGAUUAUUAUUGAAGAGUUCAAAGAUAUUAUUGAAAAACUUUAGAAAGAUAAUUGGUGUAAUGUUAAUGAGUUUAGAUGUAGUAAAGCAGCUCUUAAAUUGACUUCUUGUUGAUUUUUUUUUAUAA